CUUUUCACUUUGUUGGAAACAGGCAGCUGUGAACCCUAAUUUGAAUACAGGAAUUGUAUUAGUGAUUUUAUGUAUACAUACAACCCAAAAAACUAACGGAUUACGUCUUAUACUAGGUAAAAUCGUUUAGUUAAGACAAUAAGACAAGGCUUGCAACUGCUGUUUGAGUAUGCCACGUGAAUGCAGCAUCACUGUUGCAGGAAGUGAAGAUAGGCAGGUUGCCAUGGUGGAAGUACAGUUAGAGCCGGACCACGACUACCCUCCGGGGCUUCUGAUAGCCUUCAGCGCUUGUACCACGGUGUUGGUUGCAGUGCAUCUCUUUGCCCUCAUGAUCAGCACCUGCAUCCUCCCGAAUCUGGAGGCGGUCAGCAACGUGCACAACCUCAACUCGGUCAACGAGUCUCCACAUGAGCGUAUGCACCGCCACAUUGAACUAGCCUGGGCUUUUUCCACCGUAAUUGGCACGUUCCUCUUCCUGACGGAGGUGAUGCUCCUCUGCUGGGUGAAGUUUUUGCCGCUCAAGGACAACAAGGAGACAAAUAAUGGCACCAUCACCUCCGGCGAGGCGGCGGCCAUCGCUUCCACCUGCAUCAUGGUGCCAUUUGGCUUGGUCUUUAUUGUUUUCGCCGCCCACUUCUACCGCACGCUCGUCAGCCAUAAAACUGACAGGCAGAUCCGAGAGCUGGAGCAGGUCAUCAACCUGCACAACCAAUUGGACCACACAACUGAGAACGAGGAGCUCAAGCCCAUCCAUUUCCCCUGAUUUGAGAGGCUGAGUGUGGAAAAACAGGGACACUCAGCAGGUAUCUUCCAUGACAAAUCCGUUCUUGUUUGUCAGAUUUGCACAGAUGGUUUUUCAGUUCAGGUGCGUUCUACAUGCUGCAUGUUCAUCAGACUGGUCUUAUCUGUUGAAGUGGAAAAAUAAUUUCUUUGUAGCUUUUGUUGUAAUUAUUUUAAAAUAAUUUGCCCCAAAUGCUCAAAUGUUCUUAAAAAGCAGCACUUAAAGUUACUUCACCUUUUUUGAGGUAAUGAAAUACAUAAACCAAAUACAGUUACUUUGCACAAAGAAAUUGGUUUUAUUUGUAAACUCUAAACAGGAUCUAAAACUCAUACUAUGAUCAGUUCAGUCCAAUGAUAAACUAUUUAUGGUAAACAUUUUCAAAAGGCCAUAUCUUUGAAUGUUAGUUUUUAGUAAAGCUUUUAUUUCAUCCUAAUUUUAAUGAAUGUUUUGUCACAGCUUUUUCUCUGCUGAAGCUUUAUUGUAUCUCUCUUUUGUGUCACAUAAAUGUAGUUUUAAAGCAAAUACAAUUCUCAAAUAUCAGCUGAGAUCUUGUUCAAAUAUUGCCCAAUAGCCUCAGUUAUCUUUUGAUCUAUUUUUAAAGUGUUCCCAGUGGUCUUUAAAUAUGAUUAUGGUGUAAAAUGAUGAAACCUGUGUCGCUUUCUAGGUCAGUUCCUGCAGAGCGGCAGGAUUUAAUUCAAAAUUUGCAUCUGUGGGUGUGGAAGUAAUCCUGCCCUGACUUCCCAUCAUCACUUUGUUUACACUCUCUCCAACUCAGUUUACAACCCCAAGCUAACGUUAGCGG